AACCAUAGUAUAAAACUUACCCAUGAUCGUUGCAUCACACGACUGUUCCAUGCAAUACCGAAAACUUAACUUUUCUAAGUAGCAUGUUAUUUACACUUACUUGACUAUAAAUAUAUGAGAUCUCAUUAAAAGCUAAGUUAUAAUGAAAUAUUUUUGUUACACAAAGUUGAGUUCAAAGAGUUACUAGUUUGAUCAUAUGAUUAAAGACAUGUUUGAAAAGCAAUCAUCACCCGAAUUAGCUUCAAAUUAUGCAUCAAGUAGUGGCUUGUCGGGGGAUGAUAAAGAGAUUGGUUAUAGAGCUUCAACAUUAAAGCAUGGGUAUCUUUUGGCUAAUAAUUCUUCUCUGCAUUUCUUACCCAACAAAAUUGACUUGAACUUUGCUCGAAUGGUGAUGGCAGAGGUGGUGGGUACUUUUAUAUUGAUGUUUUGUGUAUGUGGAAUCAUUGCAAGCACACAACACCAAAAUGGUGCAGUAGGCCUUCUGGAGUAUGCAGCUACAGCAGGAUUAACAGUUGUUGUCAUAAUUUUCUCUAUAGGCCCAAUUUCUUGUGCACAUGUUAACCCAGCUGUUACAAUAGCCUUUGCAACAAUUGGUCAAUUUCCAUGGUUUAAGGUUCCAGUUUACAUAAUAGCACAAACAAUAGGAUCUUUGAUGGCAACAUAUAUUGGUAGCCUUGUGUAUGGCAUAAAAUCAGAUGUUAUGAUGACACAACCACUUCAAGGAUGCAACUCUGCCUUCUGGGUGGAGGUUAUUGCAACUUUCAUCAUCAUGUUUUUGGUUUCAGCUUUGACAUCUGAACAUCAAUCAGUGGGCCAUUUAUCCGGUUUUGUUGCUGGAAUUGCAAUUGGGCUUGCUGUACUAAUAACAGGCCCUGUUUCAGGUGGAUCAAUGAAUCCAGCAAGAUCACUAGGUCCAGCAAUUGUAUCAUGGAAAUUUAAUUACAUUUGGAUAUAUAUCAUAGCCCCAAGUUCAGGAGCUAUAGCAGGAGCUCUAAUGUUCCGUUUCCUACGUCUUCAAGACCAACAAUGCACCUCCUCAAACAUCACUAAUGUUGGUCACCCCAUACCCUUUUGUGCAAGGAGAAGUGGGUCCAUGAUUUUGCUUGUAGAGAAAAAUUGGAGUUUGUUCUCUAAUAGAGUGGAAGGGUUCAGACAAAGAUAUGUUUUAAGAACAGAAGCAAUAUCAGAUGGUGUUUAUCAUAAGUUGUCACUGUAAUUAAUUAGUAGACUUGGUCAUAAGCUGCAUACGACAAUAGUAAAGGUUUUCACAUUAAGUAAGAUUCAUUACUAAUUUAUAUGAUUCAAAUCAUCGCAUAAUGUCCUCUUAUAAUUUGAAAUC